CAAUUAAAAAAAAUCCCCCCGAAACCCCUUCCAAAACCCUUCUCUUCAAUUCAUGUUUUCACGAAUCUAAACUCCCACCAAACCCUAACCCCCCAAAAUGGCCUCUCGUUUUCGAUCAAUUUCAAGACCAAUUUCGACCCUUUUCAAACAAUCCACUUCCAAGCCUUCUUCUUCCAUACCCUUUGCAUCUUCUCACAUUCCUCGCGCACCCACAUCAAUUUCAAGGCCACUAGCUCAAAUGGGUGCUCUCCAGUCCCUGUUGCCACUCCAUUCAGCGGUUGCUUCAGCUCGAUUGACGUCGUGUCUUGGGAUUGAUUCAAAGGGCUCGAGAUCGUUGUCUCAGGGUAUGCUUUGCAGUGCAAACCCAGGAGUUUGAUAUUUAUUUGUAAUGUAUCUAUCUCUAACUAGGACUGAGUGUGCCUCGAUAAGAAGAUACAUGUGGUUGGAGUUCACAGUCAAAGAAGCUGUUUAGGUGGCAAAUGUCUGCGGCGCCUCAUCUCUGGAUGCUAUUUACAUAACACUUUAUGGAUAAUUCUUGAUAAUUUUGUAUACUACUUGCGACAAUCAAAUUUCCAGAAAGCAUGCUACUUUUCUUGCAUUAACUUCUAGCUACAUUUGAUAUUUGUUUCAGUUUAAAAUUCAAGCAUUGCUUGAUGUAAGCUUGGGUCCAAACACAUUAUGGCACACAUUUUCUC